AGGGAGACAAGUCUUUGGAUAGAUAUGCAAGGAAGGACGGGCGCCCCGGACGCGCCAUGGGUUCGAUCGGGUGUCCGCUGUGCUGCCGCCAGGACUUCAUGUCCGUGGUGGCCCUCCACGAGCACCUCCUCUACUACAUCUACCGGCCUCUGAGGUGCGCCGUCUGCGGGUCCAACGCCGGCGGGAUCCAGGGCCUGAUCCACCACCUGGCGCAGCAUCUCGGGGACAACCCGGCGGGCGGCGUGGCGAAGGCGGGAGGGCCGCCGCCGCCGCCGGAAAUUAAGAGGGACCAAAGGGUUGGGGGCCCUGCCGGAAGCGACACCGCUGUUCCAUUAGAAAAUGGCGCUAUCAACAAGGAAUUUCUUUGCGCUUCGGAGAGCAGCUCGAGGUCGAACUGGAGCCAGAAUCCCGAAAUGGCAAACUUGGCGGGAAGGGACGAACCAGUCGAACUCACACUACGUGCCUAUUUUUGCCACUGCUGCGGGGCAAAGGUUGUUGGGAAAGACAAGUACUUCUUUCACAUCAAGCAGCACAACACUCUGCUCAACACAAGCGGCAUGCCAGAAGCACCGAAUAUCAUCUUAUCCGCCCCACAGAGCGUGUCGUGUGAGAGUGACAUGGCCCCAGGUUCCCAUUAUACGAGUGCGAGUACCACUCCCGUCAACGUGGGCAUCGAUGCAGACACGCUGACAGGAGACGAGCUGGAUCCCCUUGACAGAGGUUUUCCAGACUCCAAGGAUGCAACGACUUCGAGGUACAUGGAAGAGAACGACACAGCCACGCAGUUGCUGAAGCUGAGGGAGUGGCAGUUGGAAAAACACGGGAAGAGGUUCAAGAGACAGAGGUUAAGCUUCGCGAAGUCGCCAGCAUCGUCGGAACGAAGUCCGAUGUCAGGAAGGCAAAGGAACAGUAAUAAUUCACCGGGCGUCACCAAGCAGAAAUCAGGAAGGCUGUCGCAGAAUAGUGAACCUUGUAACUAUUCGCUGGAGAAACCGCCUUUAAGCCAAAUUAGUAAUGCUAGUUCCACCUAUCCUAAUCCGAGUCCUAAUUCUUACAAAGAUAAUUACGCAAGUGUUACACCUCAGACAAAUGCAUCUGCGAGUGAUGAACCGCAAUACACGUGCGCUCCUGCAAUCGAAAGAGGCUCAGAAAGUGAACACGAAAGUAGAAAAGAAUUAGAAGAAAGUGAGUGUACAUUUAAAACUCCAGAGAUAAGACACGUAGAAAGUAAUCCAAAAUUAAUACCUAGCGAGUCACAGUUCCAUGAUAACUAUACAAGUUCAUGUACAUUACAGUUACAGACUCCUAGUUUGCAAUCUGAAGCAGCUUCAUCAACAUAUCAAGAACCUGAACCUAUAAAUGAAAGUGAAAAUGCAUCUUGUGUGUAUGACAAUUCAAAAGCAGUGAGCCUCAAAGUUUCAAAUGUUGAUAGCCAGCAGGACCCUAGUAUGUCCAGGAUAGAUUCAAAGAUAACACGUGCAUUAGAGAACAGAGAGCAGUUGCAGCCAGAGGAUCAUUCAGUUAUACAUACUCAAAAUUUUCAGGCACAAGCCGUUCUUUACCCUCCUCCUGCCGCGCCACAUUUCGAGUCUACAUCGGAGCGAGAAAUCCAACAGAAUGAAACGGAUAACUGUUUUCAAGUAAAUACAACUAUCACAGAUUCUCUCAGAACAUUGAGUGAAUCGCCAAACUGUGGUGCUAAUUCUGAAGUGGACAUUGAGUCAUCCAUACUAGUGGCAGACUCUUGGAUAUCACCACACGAGUCUGCUCAGUACCUAGAACUCGAGCCUGCUUUUAAAUCUCAGGGCUCCUUUGAACAGGAAUCCUGCAAAUCUGUGGCUCAGGAGGAUGUCUUCAUUCGGCAACCAACAGCCCAGAAAAGACCGGAGUUAAGUGAAGUAAUGGAUAAUUUGGACAGUCUUGAAGAAUGCAGAACUGUGGCUCAACCCACACACAGUUACUUGGAAGCAUAUGACAAGACUGCUUUAGAAUCGGGAAAUGUUUCUACAGAUCCAUUGCAAAAUGUUGGCGAAGAAGAGCAGUCAAUUGAAGAUUUACAUGUAUAUGUGGCAUCCAGCAGUCACCAGCUACCAGAGACUGCCUCUGUAUCAUCAUCUACCUCAGCGAAAACACCGUCGGCAGAGAUACCACAGGCUGCCCAGGCUACGGAGAUAGUUCACGAGGCCGAGAACUUUCCUCAGGAAGACAACUACCGAAAUAUCACCAGGGAAGAGCCAUCAGAUUAUUACCAAGAUUACACUGCUAAACCUAGUGAAUCUGACGCAUGUGAGAAUGAAAUCCUACCUGACUAUUCAGCUCAUCCCCUACCGUACCUGCAUAAAAAGUUCCAUCACGACCAGGAACGCAAAUUCGCAUUAUCAUCAGGGGGUGGGCAGAAUGCCGAUUUACGUCGUUAUAUCCACAACUUCCAGUCUCUUUUGGUUAGUAGGCUGAAUGCUUCCUUCAGUACUGAUGUCGUGCUCAAGACUGGAGGUGAAGAUUUGGGUUCUGAUGAAGAAGAAAUGGAUAACCAGGGUACUGAGAAAGUAGAGCCAGCAAAAACGCAAAGGUUGCAGCCAAGUGAACAUGUGUGUGAAGUGUGCAAACUUGAAUGUACAGAUGAGGUGCAACUUAACAUACAUUAUCGAACCCACGAACAAGGAGAUCAGAAAAACUUCACGUGCCAGUUUUGUAAAAGUACCUUCUUCAUGAAAAGUUCGAAGGACCGCCACGAGAGAAAACACAAAGGCAAGAAAAUCUACAGGUGUUCUCAGUGCCAGCAAGUGUUCAACAAAGCCUACAUAUUAAAUCGACAUAGAAGAGAGGUUCAUGCAGUCAAGAGACCCUUUAAGUGUGACGAAUGCGACAAAGAUUUCACCACCUCCCGAAACCUCCAGAACCACGUCGGAGUCCACCUGGCAGAAAAGCACCACAAAUGCACCCACUGCGAUCACACUUGCCACACAGCUAGUGGUCUCAGAACUCACAUCAUGGAAGUUCACAUGGGCUCAAGAGGGCGAAGUUUCAGCUGCCAGGAGUGUGGGGAGAAGUUUGCCAAGCAGUAUGGGCUGAAGAGACACAUGGAGCGUAAACAUGGGGAUGGUAGAGUUCCCUGUAAUAUUUGUUCAAAAUUAUUUUCUUGCAAGGAGGACCUGAUUAAGCACACCAAAUCUCACGAGAACAAAAGCAAAGGAGAUUUAUCCUGUGGGUUCUGCAAUCAAACCUUUACGUCUGCAUGGUCCUUGCAACGACACACAAAGAAGCACCAGACCGAAAGUCACCAGUUUAAGUGCAGCAGAUGCCCCAAAUCCUUCACAAGAAAGGAUUCACUCUUAUCUCACGAAAAGCUUCACGCUCAGAAGAAAAAUUACGUAUGCAAAUGUGGCAAAAGGUUUGUUAAAAAGAGUCAACUAACGGCACAUGAAGACAAGCAUAGCAAUGUUCCAAAGUACUCGUGUGAUAUAUGCAAGCACUCCUACAAAUUCAAAGUUUCAUUAAGAAAUCAUAGUUGCAAACCAAAACUUGCAACAGAGGAUGCAGGGAACGGCGAUCAGGUAGAUGCUUGAGCAAGUUAAUUUAAAGUGUGUUAGUUCUAAACAAAAACUUGAAAUCCAAUAUAAGAUCUAAAAUAAACUAAACUACAGGCUCGGAUUUUAUUUCAAGUUUAUAUAUUCAAAACAGAUUAUUAUAUACUUCGAAUCCAAUGUGUACUCACUACCAAGAAGUUACCACGCCAAAGGUACAAUUAAUAUCUGCCGUCGUGUGUAAGAUAGUUGUUUUUUCAAUGAAGAUUUUACAUUUGAGAUUUAUUGAAAUAUAUAUUUUUGUUACUA